CCCCCAGGCCUCUCGACACAGCCCAUCUGGCGCAAGCUGUGGGACGAUGUGAUGAAAACCAGGCCACCCAACCCGGAGAGCAUAACAUGCUGGAGGAAGAAGUUCCUUGAAACAUUCUUCUCCAACGUCCUCCAUGGUGUUUUGGACGUUUCCUCUGACUGGCGCCUCAACGACCGUCACUUCUCGCCGCUGCUGCACAGCUCCCCACAUGUUUCCCAGCUCACCCUCUGCAACAUGCUCCAGGGGGCCGUGGAGCUCACUGCUGAGCACAACCACAAAGUGCUUGAAAACCUGGCUGGCUCCCUGCAGAUCCUGAAGUUCCAGCACCUCCUCUCCUGCGACCAGUCCAUCAAGCGCUCGCUGGUUUUGCUCCUUCACCGGCUGAUCCACCACGGCUCUGUCAGCCAGGUGUCCAUGUAUUCCUGGCCUGUUCCCGACACGGUUCUUCUAGUGCUCAUCCUGACCAUGAGCGCUGGGUUUUGGCGCUCGGGAAAUGCCCUCGCCUAUCACAGCAGCCCGUGUCGCCUUUGCAGAGAGGAGGACAAAGCCCAAAGCCAGCAGUCAGCGCAGGAGGGAGCAGAGAGGGGCUGCGAUGCUGAGCGGGAGGGGAGCGGUGGUGAGGACCAGAAGAGAUCCCCAAAAGAGGCUGAUGCUCCCAUGAACUCUGUCCUCUCUGGCCCCAGAAGUCCUCCCCUGCGAAACACAGUGUGUGAGGAGACAAGCAGUGAGGUGCCAUGUGGCCACACCAGCACCCAGGGGGGUUCUUCCCAUUGUUCCAGCUCAGAGCAGCUGUCCUGUCACCCCAUUCCCCGAAAGACACGCAGACAGCCGAAACCUGCAGUGGGGAGGAAACGUCGCUGCCUCAGACGGAGCAGGGGACACUAUGCUGACCCAGAAGAUCUGUAUGAUUUUGUUUUUACUGUUGCUAGAGAGAAUAAUUCAGGGUUACUGGAUAAAACCAGGACCACAGAGGGAGAGAACACUGAGAACUGGAAUAGUUCCUCUCCAGGAUCUCCAUGCACUGGGCAUGCUGGCUGUAAGAAAAGAGGAGGACCUGCUGGAAUCCUUUCUCUGAAAGCUGCUCACCGCUUCCGAAGUGUCUCCACGUUGGAAUUGUUCUCCAUUCCUCUGACUGGGGAGACAUGUCGGACUCUGAGUAACCUGCUGAGCUCCUGGGUGUCUUUAGAAAACCUGGUUCUGUCCUACAAUGGCCUGAAUGCCAACAUCUCCUGCAUCCUCUCUGGGCUCCGGGCCCUGGCCCGCCACCCAGAGUGCCGCUUCCGCGUGCUCCGUGUGAGCGACAUGUUCUCCCACAUGCCCUGCACGGAGCUCGUUCGCUGCAUCCUGAGCGCCCUUCCCCAGCUCCACACGCUCUCCGUCAGCUUCGACCUCAAAAACCAGCUGGAGGGCAGCAGGCCAGAGGCAAAUCCAAGCUCUGGCAAGGCAGAAAUCCCAGAAAGCUGCCUGGAGGUGCUGGAGAUCCGAUUCCCCAGGGAACCUCUGCACACUGCGUUCCUGCUGCCAGUGCUCAAGGCAACAAAGUCUCUCCAGCAGUUGUCCUUGGACAGUGCCACACUGCCCUGCCCCCAGGAGCUUGGGCUCCUUUUGGAGGUGCUCAGAGAGUGUACUCCAAAUUUGAAGAAGCUGAGCUUUCAUGAUGUGAACCUGGCUGAGCACCAGAAAGAAGUUCUGCUUUUGCUUCAGGAUCCUGGCCUACAAGAAAUCACGUUUUCCUUCUGCCGGCUGUUUGAAAGCUCUACUGCUGAGUUUUUGUCAGAAAUAAUCAAUACAGUGAAAAGAAACUCAUCACUGAAGAGCCUCAAACUGCCUGGGAACCGCCUUGGUAAUCACAGGCUAGUUGCCCUUGCAGACAUUUUCUCUGAAGAUUCCUCCUCUUCUCUUUGUCAGCUGGAUGUCAGCUCAAAUUGCAUCAAACCUGAUGGGCUCCUGGAGUUCACGAAGAAGCUGGAAGGCCACAUGCAGCAGAGAGGGGGACGGCUUCCGUUCACACAGCUGCGCCUCUUCCAGAACUGGCUGGAGCAGGAUGCAGACACGGCGCAGGAGGCGCUGCGGCGCCUCAGAGCCCUGUGCAGCGUGGUCAGCGACGCCUGGGACUGCUCCCAGGCCUUCGCCGACUACAUCAGUGUCAUGUGAGGGACCCAGCAGCUUCUGACUGCACAGUGCCAGCAGCACAGGGCUGUUCCUUCCACUCUGCUGUUCAUCUGACAAAGGGCUGUGGCACUGCCAUGACACAACAGCUGUAGUACCAGGUGAUCUAACUCUGCCAUCUUUUUAAGUAUUAUAAAUGGGACAUACAUCACAUGAGCUUCUGAACAAACUGGUUUAUGUCACUGGGUGUUGUGACAAAUUUGAUCUUAUUUCAGCUAAUGUCUCACCAAUAACCAUCUCCAACGUGGGAGAGACUCAAAAGCCAUCGGGUUGUGGUCCUUGGCAACCAGGUCUAGGUGAUCUUGUUUUUGAGGAGGAACAUUGGACAGUAUCACCUGACAUCUCUUCCAAGUCCAUCAUUCUGUGGUCUAUGAAGUAAGAACUCCUCCCUCCAGUAAAGGGAGUAGAAGACAAGCUAAUGAAGCCCCCAGGCUUGACCUUUUGCAUUUGGAAAGUUGUACUUUAUACCAAAAAAUUCUUUGUGUACCAAGUAGCUUGCUGUUUAUUUGCAAUCACACUGCCCUUUCCCAGUGUCUGCAGUCAUUUUACAGAGGUUUUGAAUAGUUUGUUAUUUUGUAACAUUUUUAUAAUAAAAUUAUAAUUAAGACCCAGAA